GCAUUUUGAAUCUAAUGCAAGCAAGAGCAAGCAAGUGAUUUCAUCUGUAAAUCGCCUGUAUGGACACACUGUAUAUAAACAUCAACUGAGGGGGGGAGGAAAAAAAAAAAAACACUUGUGCCCAGCAGUGUGAGCCGUCGUCGCCUCCCCGCGCUGCUCUCUCCUCCUGCGCUUGGGAAAGACCAGUCAGACCAGUCCAGACCAGAAAUGGCAGACGGUCGGACCAGGACGACGCUUCAGGAAAAUGACGAAGUUUAUUCAUCAGAUCUGGGGUCGUUUGGUGAUCACGUUUGUAGUAUCCCCAAGAGACAUGCACGGGUUACCGUGAAGUACAACAGGAAGGAGCUGCAGAGGCGGCUGGACGUGGAGAAGUGGAUCGACGAGAGCCUGGACCGGCUGUACUUGGGUCAGGAGAGUGACAUGCCAGAGGAGGUGAACAUUGAUGACUUGCUUGACUUGCAUGACGUUGAGGAGAGAGUCAAAAAGUUACAGCAACUUCUUCGAAAGUGCAAUAACAACACAGAGACCUUCAUCAGAGAGCUGGUGGGAAAGCUGGAGGGAGUUCACAAGCAGGACGAGCUGCAGAGCGAAGGCAUUGAGCAUCCAGUCAUCUGUCACAGCCACUAUCGCCAUGAGCCUUACCACUUCAACAACCCACAACACCACCAACACCACCAACACCACCACUUCCACCACACUCAAGGCCAAAAUCAGACCCUCUGACAUCCCCCCAAUACACACACACACGCACAUACACACAUCCCCAUUUUGUUGUUGUGUAUGCACACACAGAUGCACAUGCAUGCAGGAAAUGUGUGACCUAGCAACCUCUCAGUGAUAACAAGACUCCCGAGAGUUUCUGCUCUCAGCCAAGCAUUAGUCCAGAAAGUUAACCCACUGUAAAACACAGCUUGUAGUUUUUACACUUUAUUUUUUGUGAGGAUUAGACAAACAAGAUAUCACGUUAAUUAGUGUGCUCAGGUGCUAAUAGGCUACCUGUUUCCCCUGCUUGACGUCCUUAUGCUAAGCUAAGUCUCUGCUGCCUGCAGCCUGACAUUUAACAGACAGAUGUUUGAGUGUUAUCAAUCUUCUCAUCUAAGUCUUGGCAAGAAAGAAAAUAAGCAUGUUUAGCAAACUUUCAAACAGUUUCUUUAAGCAUUUAAAGAUACUGAUUUUUCUGACCUUUCUCAUAUGUGAAUAAUUGGCCGAUGAUAAUACAUAAAAAAAAUCAACUUUAAAACUAAUCUAAGAGCAAUGUCUUAACUCUUGAUGUGCCAUUUACCAAUUUCAGUAAUCAUACAGGAAGAAACACAUAGACACACACAUAGAAAUAGCAGUUUUUCCACCCACAGGAUCCCCACAAUUCCAGUAUUUACUUGCAGCACCAAAACAUAGGACUCUGACUUUUACUCAACUGGAAAUAUUUGUCACUAUCUUGCUCCUACUAUUAUCACUCUCUCCAUGUACACAUAGUUGGAUGCAACAGUUUGUGGCACUAACUCAUGAAGUAUCUGAUGAGAGUAGAUGAAGGAAAGUAGGAUCAACAAAAAUAGCAUAUACGAACUCUUAAAAAUAACAUUUUAAAAUAACAUCCUGAUAAAUAACAUCCAACACUGAUCAUCUAAGGGUGGAUUUUAGAUCACUGUGAGUUCAACAUCGAAGUGGUCCAAUUACAGUGUGUUCCUCCUUCCACUGAACACACAAAUAUGUUAGAUGCACCAUUUUUUAGAUUAAAUUGCCAGCUUAGAUGCAAACACUAACAUCUGUUAAAUUAUGAUAAUUAUUUAUUGUCAUGAUUACAGGAAAUGGACAGAGUCAACAUACCAGUAAAAUGUAACACUGGCAAUAAUCCUGCUGCAUUGCUUACACUGUAGUUUUUAAUGUUAUGUCAUUUAUCCCUCUCUUUUUAAGCUGUGUUGUUAAUACAUUUUCAGUUUUGUAUUGACGUACAUUCACAGAAUUUUGACUCUGCAAAGAGAUGUCCAUGCUUUGCAGGAACUGCUAAUAAAUCAAUUUCUUUUA